AUGCAGGAGGAUGAGAAGAACCACUUUUCUGCCGCCACUGACACGAUUCUCUACGAGUUCUACGUCGACGAUAUGCUGAAGAGCGUUAACAGUCUUGAAGAAGCUGUACAAUUGUCACAGGAUCUGAUCGAAGUUCUAAGCACAGCUGGGCUCACCUUGAGGAAAUGGAGCUCCAACUCUCGAGAAUUGCUGGAUCAUAUUCCACCUUAUCUGCGAGAUGAACGCUCUUGUUUGGACCUCGAACUCUCUAACCCCACAGUUAAAACCCUUGGAAUUAAAUGGGAACCCCGUUCGGACAUUUUUCGGUUCACUGUACCUCAGUGGAACCCUGCUACUGAGAUCACCAAAAGGAUCAUAUUGUCCGAUUUCGCGAAGCUUUUCGAUCCGUUAGGCCUGGUUGGACCUAGUCUUGUUCCAUCCAAGGUAUUUCUCCAGGAUCUAAGAAGAACAAAGUGCUCCUGGAAUGAUAUUCUACCCGAAGAGCUUCAAGUGUUGUGA